UCAGUGACUUUUAGCGGGACUGCAGGACUGAAACUGGGGGGGAACUAACUUGGUGUCACUGACAUCCCCAGUGACACCAAUACAGUGAUCAGUGCUAGAAAAAAGCACUGAUACUGUACUAAUGGCACUGGGCAGAAAGGGGUUAAUAUGAGGGGUGAUCAAAGGGUUAACUAUAUGGAGUGUUUUACUAGGGGGCGGGGGGUGUGCUUCACUGUAAGCACACUGAUCUGGAUGGCUGUACUGUGCACAGCCAUCCCGGGCAGUGUGCCCGAGCUGACAGGGAGGAAGACUGUUUGUAAACAAAACAAUCUUCCUCCAAGUUGGAGAUGCUCAGUAAUCACUGGGUGCCGGCGG